UUUCGUCUGCUUGUAAUAUUUACAGUGAAUCUUGUCAAGCGUGUGUUUUCGACGAAAGAUUGACCUUAGGUAUUUAAUUUAAUAUGGCAUUUGGAAAUAUUAAUUUUGGACACUAUGCGCGAUGGCUAACUGAUCAAGAAAUUGAGAAGUUGACUAAAGAAAAAGUAUCUGUGUGUGAUUUUAAACAAAAUAAACUAGAAGCUGAUUCCAAAAAGAACUGGGAUCUUUUCUAUAAAAGAAACAAAACAAAUUUUUUCAAAGAUCGGCAUUGGACUGUCAGAGAGUUCGAAGAGUUGGCGAAUACUACCGUUGUGAAUAUUGCAAAGGAAGGUGAAACAAAACCUGUGCUAUUAGAAGUUGGAUGUGGUGUUGGAAAUUUCAUUUUUCCUCUGAUUGCAGACAAAACAAAGUUUUUUAUUCAUGCUUGUGAUUUUUCUCCCCGAGCAAUUGAAUUGUUAAAGGAAAAUGCUCUUUAUAACUCAGAUAUAUGCCAUGCAUUUGUCAUUGAUGUAACAAAAGAAGAGUUAAACAAUGUCAUUUCACCUGAUUCAGUGAACAUAGCUACCAUGAUAUUUGUACUGUCAGCUAUACAUCCUAGUAAAAUGUCUUUCACACUGAAAAAUAUAUUCAAGGUGUUACAACCAGGAGGAUUACUACUUAUUCGUGAUUAUGGGCUUUAUGAUCAAGCUAUGCUAAGAUUUGGUCCUGGUCAUAAGUUGAGUGAAAAUUUUUAUGUAAGACAAGAUGGGACAAGAGCAUUUUAUUUUUCUGAAGAACAUCUGGAAAAUCUGGCCAUUGAAGCAGGAUUUGAAGUACUUGUAAAUAAUUAUAUUUCAAGAGAAACAACUAAUUACAAAGAAAAUAUACGUGUACCAAGAAUUUACAUACAGGCCAAAUUUCUCAAACCAUCAGUUGUGAAAUAACUAGAUAAAGACAAAACAAAUGUAUAAUAUUUUUUAUUAAAUUUUUUAAGAUUAUU